UCGAACCUCUGAAUCAACCGAGGUGACAAAAACAGAGCUUUUCGAGCCACCAAAUGAGCCUCUCAAUUACCUUGACGACCAACAAACCGCAGCACCAUCCCAACCGAUUCAUCCAAGUGCAGAGCAAUCUCCCGAAGAAUUGCACCAGUAGUAGAAUCCCAAACCUGACGCUUAGAACAUUUGUCAAGUAUGACUUGAGCAUCCCCAGUCACGACCACAUGUGUCCACCGUCGAUCCUUAAAAGCCAAAAGACAAUCUCGGAGUGCCAAAGCUUCCAAAGUUGCCGCAUCAGUGAUCCCCAAAUACCUUGUGGCCGAAGCUGCCACCACUACUCGUCUACUCCCAAAGCGGUACGAAGAACAUACCUUGCAAUUUGCAAAGCCAUUAGUGGAGGUUGCAAAAGAUGUUUUCUUAAAAUGCGCAAUGGUUGAGUUCAACCCAAUAAUUCUCCGGAUUCGUCGAGCUAGUGGGCAGUCCAAUCCAGACUGGGCCUAGAUCUAGUUUGACAAAUUUCAAUUUGGGCCUUUUAGCUAAAUCCAGCUCAAGCUCAUUCCCGGCAGCCCAAUCCAUUUUCCAAAGGCCGGGCCGGGGCACCAAAUUUGCAGAAAAAGGAGAAACGAUCCGGAUGCGCAGUCGUCACACGUCGGAGAAGUAACUCCCUAAUCGGAACCCAAAACUCAUGGUCAUUGACUUCGACUUCCGGCAAAAACAAAAACUCGCCUUCCUCAAUUUCCUUUCACGCGUUGGAUUCGAUGGCGGACUACACAGUCCACGAAUCCAACGACCCAGAAAAACAGGGGAAGCCAGAAUUUCUUCUUCCCGUUGAAGACGACGAAGAGCGGCGGAAGCUGCUGGUUCCCGACCCGGGAAAUCCUCGCCGCCAGUCCUCCUUCCGCCGUCGAAACCAACUUCGUCUCCUAUUUCGCUCCAGAUUUUGUGAAGCCAGGGCACGACGACAUGCCAAUGGGCUGUGUGUCACUGGGAAACGCAAAAAGAAUGCCCAGCAUUUUGAGUCCAAUACAGCAAUGUGUAAAGUUAGCACAAAAGGGGAUUCCUACAUUGUGAUGUGUUGUGUGAAAGGUUCAUUGUUGGAAGUGAAUGACAGGCUCACCAAACAGCCUGGUUUGCUCAAUACCUCGGCGGAUAGAGAGGGAUAUGUUGCCAUCAUCAUGCCAAUGCCAGCAGACUGGUUAAAGGUCUAGGCUUCAUUGUUGAGUCGCGAAGAGUAUGCAAAGCUGAGAGAAAAAGGGUGCUGAACUGAUUGAUGGAAUCUCUCCAGAUUCGAUGAAAUAUCAAAGUCAAACCACUCGCAUUUGGGUUCAGCUUGCUGCUGUUAUUGCAGCUCAGGUUUGUUCUACAGGGUUUGGACCCUGGAAAAUGUGCAGACUCAAAUGCUGUUUCGCCACUUGCUUUUCGGGGUCAAGUGGCUUCCAAGUAGCAAGAAGGAAGCUCACCACAUCGCUGUUGUGUUAGCCUGUAGCAAAUUGAAAUUUAUGUUAGGGAUUGAGUUUUGCGGAUUUCUUGAGAAAUUGAAAUGAAAUGAGGUAUGGUCU